AUGCCUGAAAUUGAGGAUGGAAUACGUUAUGAGGAGGAGGAGGAGGAGAACAAGCACGACCGCGAGCCUCAGUCUUGGUCUCCACAUGACCGUAGGCUCGGCUCGUGGGUUGGGGGGGUGACUCUAGUGUGGUGCGGGAGGGCCGCGGCCGUUGCACAGAUGUCUUUUCUUGCGUUUCAGGGUGUGGAAGGCCGGCCAGUAUCAAGGGAAUAUCUGCGAUAUCAUGGCUCGGAUCAGUAUAGCUACGUGGGAUGCGGCGACUCCCCAGGAGCGACGUACUAUGCGCUACCGAAGUCUUUAAGUGCAACUGCUACCGAUUCUCAAUCUUCCUCCGCCUCAUCCACCACCGCUUUGAGCGCAGCCAGUUCUACUUUAACGACUUUGGACUCGACCAGUUCAGCGCCCACGUCAGUCGCGCCAGUGGUACCCUCCUCCCCUACACAGACAGAAACCGCCAACGGCUCCUCACUCAAUAUCGGCGCGAUUGUCGGAGGAGUGUUAGGGGCAACGGCUUUGAUCUGUCUCACCAUCCUUGGAGUGGUCUUGAUACGGAAAAGACCUGCGAGAAAGGAGCGGGAUCUGAACACUGCAAUGCAUGAGCAGGCCAUGGUGAACGGGGACAAGCCGAAGCAACCUUUCUAUACUGCCGCGCUAGUGGAAAUAUAUAUGGCCGAGCCAAGCCGGUCUCCCGUCGAACUCGGAGUCUCAUCACGAGCGACGAGUUUCCAGACAUAG